GGGGGAGAUUUCAUAGUGUUACACACAGGGGGGGUAUAUAUUGUGUAUAUAUAUACCGGCAGGGUAGGCUGGCAUAUAUGAUUCCAGCAUUGCUGUCAAAAUUUUCCAGAUUCAUUCGUUUUUCAGUAAUUUCAGUUGCGCUCCAUAAAUAGUAUGAAUGUGCGAAAUAUUCCGAUCGGGCUGACAGCACGCGAGACCCCGUUCUUAGCUGGUUAUACUAGUCUCUUUGUGUACAGAUGCGAUGUUGUUGGUAACUACUGGAAAGCUGAUCCAAAUUAUGGAUUGACAUGCUAGCUACACGCGACGCUGCCUGUAUUAUUCGCUUGAGAAUAUUCAGUGCUAUCUGACUGCUAAUGCGACACAUCCGAUGUCGUAAUCACUUAGCUAUGUUCCAGGAAAAAUUAGUUCCAUGUGUCGGGCGAGAGUAGUGAAAUCACUAAGGAAGUGUUGCGUCUUGCAUGAUACCGCUUGCAGUUAUUUAAUUUGAUUGCUGGUCAUUGAAUAAGGAGAGGCGAAGUUUACCUGUGGUGUUCAGCUAGUGAUAAGGCUAGAGGCGGCGGAUCGUGAGUCAGGAUGCCGGGAAUGGUUGUGUUUGGCCGGCGGUGGGUUAUUGCGAGCGACGAUCUCGUGUUCCCCGGAGCCUUCGAGCUGUUUAUUAGAGUUAUCUGGUGGAUUGGGACUCUGGUUCUGUACACAAAUCAUAAGGGCCGGUUUGAUUGCCCUGGUGGAUCACUUCUACACACAUACCUUGUUGUGCUACUGGUUCUGCUUGCCGCCAUAAUUUUAUCACUCAUUGCAAUUGUUUAUGUCAGUGCUCAGGGGACAAUCACAAACUCGGGGCCUCGGCGAGCUGUCCCCGCACUUCUCUGUCUGCGAGCACUGCUGUAUUUUCCUGAGCUCACAUGGGCAUGUCUUGGUGCCAUAUGGGUAUCGGAUGACAGUCAAGGCUGUAGAGAAGCAGAAGUUGGAGCUGUGAUUGGUGCAGUCAUUGCCAGCUGGGUCAUCUUGUUUUUCACAACAAUUGGAGUGGUCGUUGUGUUUGAUCCGCUGGGCAGCCCGCGGUCCAGGGCCGCGGCGAGUGUCGAGCCAGUGGCGCGGGACCUGGAGAGCAGUGGAUCGAGGCAGCUGCUGUACACGGCACGCUCGCUGGCUGUGCGCGUCUGGGAGUGCCGGCUGCGCCUGCUCUGCUGCUGCCUGCCCCAGGACGACAGCAACAGGGCGGCCUUCUCUAGCAUUGCCCAACUCUUCAGCAGCUUCUUCUCGGACACUGAUCUGGUCCCCAGUGAUAUCGCCGCCGGACUCUCUCUACUUCACCAAGAGCAGGACAAGAAUGAACGGACCCGGGACCCUGAUGAAGUGCUGGCCCAGAGCCCCUCCUCUCCCACAAGGGAAGACUUGCAGAUGGAGCUGGAGGGAGCCGCCCACUUCAUGCAGUUUGCGUUCGCUGCGUACGGCUGGCCCCUGUACGUUUACGCGAAGCCUUUUACUGGGGCUUGCAAGCUGGCCAGGGAAUGCUGUUGCAGACGGGCUUCGGAGUUUGACGCCAUAGAAGGAGACCAUCUGGGCUGUCAUUUCACCUCCGUCCUGCAGAGCACUGGGCUCCAGUACAGAGACUUCAUCCACAUCAGCUUCCAUAACCAGGUUUACGAGAUCCCAUUCUAUGUGGCUUUGGAUCACAGGAAGGAGGCAGUUCUGGUUGCCGUGAGGGGAACUCUGUCGCUCAAGGACGCGCUGACUGACCUGUCGGCCGAAUGUGAGGACUUGCCAGUCGAGGGCGUGAGCGGCACCUGCUACGCUCACAAGGGAAUUGCACAGGCUGCAAAAUACAUCUACAAGAAGCUAAUCAACGACGGUAUUUUGACCCAGGCCAUCAGCGUUGCUCCUGAAUACCAGCUGGUGAUUACCGGCCACAGUCUGGGUGCAGGAGCGGCAGCGGUGCUGGCUGUCCUACUGCGCAGCAUGUACCCCACGCUUCGCUGUUAUGCCUUCUCUCCACCAGGGGGCCUGCUGAGCAAAGCACUUGCGGAUUACACCAAACACUUUGUUGUCUCUGUGGUGCUUGGGAAGGACCUGGUUCCCAGGUUGAGCAUCCCAAACAUGGAGCACUUGAAAGGCAGGAUACUGAAGAUGGUUUCCAACUGCAACAAGCCCAAGUACCAGAUCCUGCUACGCGGUUGCUGGUAUGAGGUGUUUGGGGGCAAGCCAGAUGACUUUCCCACGGAGCUGGAGGGCCGCAGGGAUGAUCAGCUGACCCAGCCGCUGCUUGGGGAACACAGACUCCAACAGCGGUCACUCUCGGACCAGAGCCUGGCCUCUGAGGACUCCCCCAGCCACGUCACCCACCUGCCCCUCUUCCUGCCGGGCCGCAUCCUCCACAUCACAGAGGAGGGGCCCUCCCACAGGUCGUGCUUCUCGCAGCCCAGCUACCGGGCCCAGUGGACCAGCGAGGUGGCCUUCUGCAGCAUCCUAAUCAGCCCGCGCAUGAUCACCCACCACAUGCCCGACGUGGUGCUGUGUGCCCUCCGCAGCCUGACGCAGGACCUGCCCAUCCCCCUCUGUCCAUCUCCACACAGCAACAGCCACCUCAAUGUGGUCUGAGCCAGACUGGUGUGCCGGUCUCCGCCUGCCGCUUCAGGCGAACGGAGAGCCUUGCGGAGAGAUGAAUCCCUAACCCGGACCUGACUACCCUUCCAAACGCACUCAUUUAUCUAAUGGCCGUGACUCUGUAAGAAGGGACAGGUAUCCUUCCUUUCUCACGAGUGGAUCUGGGUGAACGAUCCCACGAGGGAAACACACUUUCUGCUUAACUGCAAUGAACAAUGCUGUGUUUGCAUUCCGGCUAUAUGAGCUUUGACUGUGGAUUUAUUAUGGCACUGGGACUUCGAGGUAUGUUGAUGGAGUCGAGUAUGUAUUCUAUGUUAGUGUGUUUUGCGGUGUGAGCAUUUUUUAUUGUACAGAAAUAAUGGAGGUAGUUAGCACAUCCGUGCAGUGAAAUGCUCAGAAAAUACCACCUUACUGAGACCCGCUGAAGCUUCUCCACUGCGGACAAACUGCUUCCCUGGAAAUACAUUAACGAUGCACGAUGCUUUAUUUAAAUAAGUUUACUCUUUUUUGCAUGAAUGGUCUGGGCUUUUCAAAUGGUAACAAUUACUCAAAUUCCGUUUUUGUGAAGGGUGGUCAUUUUGUCCUGCAAAUGAAUACGGAUGUAAUCUAUUAAACCUCGAGGCAAAAAAUGUUCAAUGGCCAUGUUCAAAUUUUAGUAGAAAUGUACAUUUUUUUUUUGUUUGUUUUAUUUACAUUAAUUGCUUUAUUUAUUCUGCAUUUUUGUUGCAUCCCAUUCCACAGACCUAUUAGGCAACUUAUUUGAUUUUUUUUAUACUGUUUACAUAUAAGCACGGAACCAUUUGAUAUGAUUUAAUUACUUUGUCUGUGGGUUAAACAUCUUUUGGAAAUGUGCUGUUGAUAAGCAUUUUAUGAAUGCCAUUUUAACUUCAUACAUAUAUUUUAUCAGGCAUGCAGGGCCAGGAAUUAUCUGAUACAGAUUUUUUUCAGUAGUUAAAGGAUUGUAUUUGUUUUUUAGAACAUUGAGGUUAAAUCUGUAUGUGUAAAGUUUGUGUCACGCCUUAGUGAUCAAUUCUACUGCAUGUUUGAGUGAUAAUCUGUUAUGUUUAUUUAUCUUUAUCCUUUAAUCCCUGGUCUUGCAAGAUGGUUGCAGCUGUUGAUAUUCCAGCACCAUUUUUGAAUUCAUUUUUUUUUACAAAUAAAUCACAAGCAAGCAGUAGAACUUCAAAGCAAUCAGACAUACCGUGCAUGCCCUACUCUAGGUAAAUUAAAUGUUUGUUUAUUUUUAGCAUAAAAAAAUAUAUGCAAUAUUUUAGCAUUUGUUUUUCACAACCCAUUCAAGCUUAUUUGUCUGUCGCCUUCACAAAACAUGGCUGUUAAAUUGCACAUUAAAUGCACUUGUGCCAGUGGCAAGGAGCAUGGAUGCAUAUAUGCAAACUCUCAAACCGGUAUUUGUGAUAUAAUUUCCUUGAUCUGUACUAAAAUUAGAAAAAGCAAACUUGAGAAUCCA